GUGCUGCCGAAUGGUCAACCAGUUCUGGGAUGUGCAAGACCGACGUGUUUUGGAUGGGACCAAGAUGGCAAACCAUUCAGUCAAAACGCUCAAUUUUUUAGCAUCAACAAGAAUGUUGAUGGUUUCAUGAGGAAAUCGUUCGAUAAUGACAAAAAACUGCAGCAUGUCACUGAUGAGAGACAUACAUUCGUGCCUCAAAUUGCGCAAUGUGAACCAAGUUAUGAGAGUACUUCGUGUUCUCGUGUUGAUCAAUGGGUUGGCGGGAUUGCACCUGUGACAAACAAUGAAAAUGAACCACUGAUGUUGCAAUGUUGUUCAUACGAUGUUCUGAAAUCUUCGAGUGAUCGUGGUAUUGCCGUGGUGCAUGCGGGUGAGAUCGUGAUUGGUGGUGAGGUAAUGAAGAACGACAGGCAAUACGCUUUCGAUUAUAUUGCUAAUGUGAAGCGCAUGAAAGGUGCCGGUGAAAGUGCUGUUUACGAUGUGACCGUACGACGAUUCCCAUGUGUUCCUACACCAGGCGAACAGUUCUUAGACGUGGAAAAUUCAGUAGUUGAUGAGGUGGAGAAACGUUUUUCGUGGUCGGAUAAACUUCAGACAACAAAGCAGAACAGAGGAAGUGCGAUUGCUUUUCAGGCUCCUCUCACUGGAAUGAUGGAGCGGAUCGCCGUUCAACCCGCUCAAACCGUUGAAGUCGUACCACAAAAUGAUGAAAUUAUCCGAUUCAGAUGGUUCUUAAACGAAGAUCCACUUAUUUCAGCGAAGAUAUUGUUGUGUUUCGCUGGUGAUAGCCAAGUACAAAUGUCGAAUGGUGAAAUGAGAAGAAUGGAUGAUUUGAAAGUGGACGACUGGAUUUUGAGUGAAGAUGACGACGGAAAUACUGAAUACGUUCGUGUGAAAUCUUGGAUGCAUCGUUUACCUCAGCAGACAGCUGAAUUCUUGAAGAUCAAUUUGGAAAAUGGAAAGUCGAUCAAGCUCACUCCUAGUCAUUUCAUCUUCAGAACGAAAUGCUCUGGAGAAGACAGUUACGUUAUGCCUGGAGAGAUGGAUAAGAAAGCAGUAUGGGCUGAGAAGGUUCAACCUGGUGAAUGCCUCUAUUCACUAGAUACGGUAGCGAACAGGUUUAUUGAAACGAAAGUACUCUCAAUAGAUCGUGUGAAUGAAGUGGGAAUAUAUGCACCAUUAACUGAGAACGGUAAGAUCGUUGUGAACGGUGUACUCGCGUCGUGUUAUGUUGUUGUUGAGAGUCAGUCACUGCAACGAUACUAUUUCCAAGUGAAUACUACUCAUUUCUUUAUUCACUCCGCUUGA